AGUAGCCGCGUCAAUUCCGCGAAACUGUGCGAUGAGUGCUGGAGCUGCGCGAGCGUUGUGUUUGCGGAACGUGAAUCACAGAAACGCCCGGAUCCGGACUAUAUAAUAUAGGUAUAUCGUCGCUGCGUUUCAAGGCUCAAGCAGCUGACUAUACGAUACAGUUUUUUAGGUUAAAACUGUAAUAGUUGUUGCGGCAGAAAAACGGAAUCAUGACUGAAAAUGAAGAGACUGGUUUCAGAAUAUUCGGCCGAGACGUCCUGAAAAUUCCAUGCAUCAGAGAAUCGUUUUUGUAUUCCAUGUCGUCUUAUAUUGGCGUUGGAUUACUAACUUUUUUAGUGACCAGUAAACCCAAAUUAUCAUCUCAUCUUGGAUUUGCAUCAUAUAUUGUUGUUACACUUGGUUAUUACACCAAUUGCCGAAUCAAUUAUGCGAAUCAGAAAUUUCAAAUGGCACAGAUACAGCAAGCGAUGCACAAAGCAGCAGUUAUGGAAGGUACUGAGGAAGAAGAAAUUAUAAAAACAAAACCAAUGCUUGAAGAAGUAUAAUUAUAUGAUAUUCUUGUUUAAAUAUAGUUUUUGUACAAAGUGUAAAUAAGUUGACUUCAAUUUUUGAUUUGUAAUACUUACAAUUUAUUGUUUACGCAAGUUUAUGUCAGUAAUAAAAUGCGAUAGUAAACUAA